UGACCGCUGCAUUAUUCGGUUGCCUUGUCUGCCAGUCCUACUUGUAUUUUGCAAGAUUCACGAGCGAUCAUAUCGCGCUGAAAACAACUGUAAGUCUGUCAACUGCACAAUUCGUUGUUGAUUUGAUCGAUUGCUUCAUACGGCUAGGUAUCUGCAGUUAUCUUGAUUCAGCUCGGCCACUUUGUCUGUAUAAUAUCAACAUUGUGGACAAUGACUGUCAGCACCUAUGGUAACCCAUCUCAACUCAGUGUGCUUCCUCUAGCGGUGGACCUGGCCGUUCCGUUGACCGGUUCCACAGUAUUUGUUGUGCAGACGUUUUACGCAUUUCGACUUUGGAAGUUGACUAGAAAUAUUUUCUUACCCAUUCUUUGCGAGAUGAUCUCCGUGGUAGCACAAACUGCCACAUUUGUUAUCACAGCAGGGGCGAUUUCUAUGACGAACCUCAAGACUUUUGGGGAAAGCCAAACGCCGGCGAUUGAGAGAGAGAGAGAAAUUCUAUAUUUAUAUACCGCAACAAACAAAGUGAGCUGUUAAGACGCGGUGCCCUGUUAGGGCUGUGCUGGGGAGUGUUGUAACAGGGUGAGGGAUGUAGGUAUAGUACGAAUAGCCAAGCGGUCCGCGUUUGAUGAGUUUUGGUGUGCGUGUG